GCGUGGUCCCAGCGGGGUGUGGGCGUGGCCUAGCGGGCCGUAAGGUCACAUGACCAGGGGCGCGCGGCCGGGGGCGCUGGUGCUGGUGCGCGCGGGAGCCGGGCUGCGGAGGGGGCGCGUACCAUGAGUUUUCUUGGAAACCUUUUCGUUCCUGUUUGUGAGAUUGAUGUUGUCCUUAAUGAUGCUGAAACACGAAAACCAGCAGAAAUCAAAACAGAAGAUGGUAAAGUAGAAAAGCAUUUUCUCUUCUACGAUGGAGAAUCUGUUUCAGGAAAGGUGAACGUCUCCCUGAAGCAUGGGAAGAGACUAGAGCACCAAGGAAUUAGAAUUGAAUUUGUAGGACAAAUUGAACUCUUCAAUGACAAAAGCAAUACCCAUGAAUUUGUAAACUUAGUGAAAGAACUGGCCUUACCUGGAGAACUGACCCAAAGCAGAAACUAUGACUUUGAAUUCAUGCAGGUUGAAAAGCCAUAUGAAUCCUACAUUGGUGCCAACGUCAGACUGAGGUAUUUUCUAAAAGUGACAAUCGUGAGGCGUCUGUCAGACUUGGUGAAGGAAUAUGAUCUGAUUGUCCAUCAGCUCGCUACCUACCCAGAUGUAAACAACUCCAUCAAAAUGGAAGUGGGCAUUGAGGACUGUCUCCAUAUAGAGUUUGAAUACAACAAGUCAAAGUAUCACUUAAAGGAUGUGAUUGUUGGAAAAAUUUAUUUCCUCUUAGUGAGAAUAAAAAUUCAGCACAUGGAGUUGCAGCUGAUCAAAAAGGAGAUCACUGGAAUUGGACCCAGCACCACAACAGAGACUGAAACCAUUGCAAAGUAUGAAAUAAUGGAUGGUGCACCAGUUAAAGGUGAAUCGAUUCCUAUAAGACUGUUCUUAGCAGGCUACGACCCAACUCCAACAAUGAGGGAUGUGAACAAAAAAUUUUCAGUGAGGUACUUCUUAAAUCUGGUGCUUGUGGAUGAAGAAGACAGACGAUACUUCAAGCAGCAGGAAAUAAUUUUAUGGAGAAAAGCUCCUGAGAAGCUGAGGAAACAACGAACAAACUUUCACCAGCGAUUUGAAUCUCCAGAGUCACAAGCAUCUGCUGAGCAACCCGAAAUGUGAACUGGUCUAAGGUGAAAAACUUUGCAAUGCUUCAGCAGGUUAAAGAUGGCAGCAGCCUGUGGGAAAAGAAGGCCAAAAUUCCCAUUUACAACUGUCUUCCUUCAUCUUGCAGUGCUGCGUUUCCCAUACUACUAAAGCAUUCUUCAGUUAAAUUUCAAGUAUGUAUAUACACUUAAAAUAAAGUGCUUUCUCAAACACUGGAA